AGUGUAGUGCGCAUUGAAGACGAUGCUCCUGGUGCCGAUAAGAACGGACCCAACGGCACCGGUGAGCCGGAUAGCAGCGGUAAGGACAAGAUUGAUGACAGUUCCAACAAUGAGGAUAAUGACACUGAUAAGGAUAACCAUGAUCAUAAGAAUAAUGCUAGUGAUAGUGAUAGUGAUAAAAAUAAUGUUUCAAUCAGUGAACUGAUCAAUACUGAUGGCAAGUGCAACACUCAACCAGUUGAUCACAUCACUAGUAAAGUACCACAGGCAGAAACGACCCCUGGCAAUGCUACGAUAGCCGAGAAAACCACACGGGUUUAUAAACUGAGAGGUGCACCAAAUCUUACGAUCCAUAUGCUUCCGCCAGGGCUGAAACUGCAACGAAAGAAAAUGCCAUCGGCAUCGAAGCCCAAUGAACAACCACCAAAUCCUCGCACGCACAAAACACUUCGUCGGUCACCUUCCGUUGAAGAGAUUCCAUCCUCAGACAGCAGUGACAGUAGUCGAAAGGUGAGCAAACGACGCCAUCGCAAGAUUGUCACCAAUGUUUCCGAUGCCAGCAAAACGCUUCCAGAAAAUAAUAAAACUCGUAAACGACAGCGCGUCGAUAAAAAUAAUAAUACCGAAGUGUCUGGAAAGCGUACAAAGGCAAACGGUGAGAAGCGUCAAGUGAGGAAAUCAAGGUGGACUCCUUCUCAGCAGUCGAUUCUUGAAGAGUACUUCGAGCUCGACCGUUAUCCACCCAAGCAGACAGUUCAGGAGAUAAGUGAACGAGCGGGUUUAUCGAUAGCCGAUACGAGAAAAUGGUUUGCGAAUCAACGAAGAAAAGAACAAGACCAAUUGAAGAAUUUCGGCUUAGAUGAAUUGAUGUUGAUAUUCGAACAACCACUAGCCGCAACAGAUCGGAACGCUCAAGAACAACCGCCUGAUACGAGUGAGGAAGCUUCUUCACGAUUUGACUUGCUCAUAAGCCAACUAAGAGAACAACAGCAGAAACAUGGGAACAUCAAAGAAGAAUUGCAAAGUAAACUGCUGCAUAUCAAAAGUGAUCAACAACACAGAGAUGAUGAAAUCAGAUUAAAGACUGACGAAAGCAUCAGAAAGUUUGGUAAGAUUCGUUGGACGUCGAAUAGUGAUACUGAAUUAUCGUCAAGAGUUUUAACAGUAUCCUUACCUGCGGCUGAAUCGAUUCCAGGGAAUACCGUUUUAAAAACGUUACGCAAAUUCUGUAGCAGUUCGUAUCGUUUAGGUUCAACAGUUUCGUUGACUCGGGGAAUGCCUUCGAUAGGAACGCAUGAUGGGAAGUUUCAUUGCGAUGAGGUAUUCGCAUGCUUUCUGCUUAAGUCUCUACCGGAAUUUAGCCGAUACGAGAUUGUG